AUUACGCAAUAUUGAAAUUGCCCCUGGUAGUGAAAAUUAACAUUGAAAUUUGCUCGGCUGAUAUUACCCGGUUAAUUGUGAAACCAUUUGUUUCUAAUAUUUUUCUUGUACUUAUGUAAUACAACGAUUAAUAGAGAUGCUUAAACAUCUAUCUGGUAGGUUGGCUUUUAAGGCGUACUCAAUAUCGAAACGAUGUGUUUAUCAUUUGGCGAGAAUUCAAAGUGUAGAACGUGGUGAAUAUAACGAGGGUGAUAAAGUUCAUAUACAAGGAUGGGUUAAGGCUGUUCGAAAAACAAAGGAAAACGUUUUUCUGGAUAUAAAUGAUGGGACAAGUCCUGGGACUCUUCAGUUAGUAAUUAGCAAACUUAAACUAGGUGAGACCGCUUAUGGUUCUUCCGUUGAUGCCAAAGGCACGCUUGGCAAAACGCCUAAUAACCAAUUAGAAGUGCAAGUGGAUACUCUACAAGAGUUGGGUAACUGCCCUCUGUCGGAGGGAUUUCCAUUUUACCCGAAGAAAUCUUAUCCACCGGAAUAUAUUAGAAAUCAUCUGCAUUUACGAGCCCGAACCGGCUCGAUGAGCUCUACAUUGCGUGUACGUCAUCGUGCGAUUCAAUGUUUCAAUGAGCUUCUCGAUCAGGAAGGAUUUAUUCAAAUACACGUUCCAGUUAUUACCUCUAAUGAUUGCGAAGGGGCUGGUGAAGCCUUCCUGGUGAAACCUGCCAGUGAGCAAUUACUACAGCAAUUAUCAAAAAAUUUCCCACCAGAUCAGUGUUAUUUUGAUGGUCAGGCUUUCCUAACAGUUUCGGGUCAGCUUCAUCUGGAAUCAAUGUGUCAUGGUCUGGGGAAAGUUUAUAGCUUUGGUCCUACGUUCCGAGCGGAGAACUGUAAAUCUCCCAUUCAUCUGAGUGAGUUCUAUAUGUUGGAAUUAGAGGAGGCGUUCAUGGAUUCGACGGAAGCCUUGAUGAACAGAAUCGAAUCAACAGUCAAAGCAGUCACCCGAUCACUGCUUAACUCUGUUUCGCCGGACGUGGCUCUCGUAAGAAAAUUAACCACUCAAUCUAGUCUGGAGCGCGAUUUUGCAUGGUUAGAAAAACCUUUUCCACGAAUAACCUAUCACGAAGCGAUUGGUAUUCUCAGCAACAAUCAAGACAAACUGAAGGGAACCGUGGAGGCAGAGCAUGGUAUUAAUAAAGAGCAAGAACUCUUUCUGGUUGACUACCAUCAGAGCCCUGUCUUUGUCGAAAGCUGGCCAAAAGAGCUAAAAUCUUUCUACAUGCGAGAAUGUCCACAUGACAGGAACCUUGUGGAUGGUUUGGACUUCCUCGUGCCACAUGCUGGUGAAUUAGUUGGUGGAAGUCUUCGCGAGAGUGACUAUAACCGCUUGAAGGACCGAAUACCGGACCAGCGAGCUUUGGGGUGGUAUCUAGAGCUGCGCAAAUUCGGUUCUGUUCCCACGGGAGGUUUUGGUCUCGGCUUGGAACGUUACCUGUCCUGGGUUUUGAAUGUGCACAAUGUAAGAGACGUGAUACCAUUUCCACGCUGGGCACACAAUUGUCCAAUGUGAAUAAAUGUG